GGGCGGGCCCUGGUUGCUGGGAAACGGAUGGGACCCGUAGCGGGAGCUGGCCGGCAGAAGGAGCUGGAAGACGGCACAAACAGCAAUCAAUGGCUCGAAUCAGUAAAACUGCAAUAUUGAGCUUGCUGUCUGUGAUGAGUUCAAUCUUUCUGUUAUUUCAGCUGUAUUAUUACAAACAAUACUUCUCAACAAAGAAUGGAGCAGACACUUCUGAUUUCAAAAAAAGUUAUUCCUCGGAAGAUAGCGUGCCCUGGAAAGUGGUCAAAAAGUUUCUUGGCUUGGUAUCAACCCACAACAUUCCUUUGUAUUUGAUUGAUCCUUUGGUUUUGGGACAAAUGAAUGAGAAUAUUCACAAGGACACAAGCACAGCCAGUGGUCUAAGCUGCCAGUAUCUGUGCACUCCCAGAGAGGUUACCACAUUUGCACUGUUGGGCAAAUUCUGGAAAAAUGAAGUGUUCCUGAAGAGAGAAGCUGAAGAGCAGGGUUUCCAGUGGAUGGAGCUAAGUGGUAAAGACCCACGACUGGCUGGAAUGGAUGGUCUUUCUGGAACUGAGAUUCCACUACACUACAUCUUCAAGCUGCAGAGUCACGCCAUCCACCUGGUGGUGUUUUAUGAGAGGAGCGGUAACUACCUCUGGCACGGGCAGUUGCGGCUGAAGCAAAAUGCAGACAAAAUGUUCAUACAUUUCCGAAAAUUGCACUUUGGUCGCUACCCUGGAGCCUAUAACAAACCUGAGCUACACCUAGCUUUAGUUGAUGGACUGGAAAUCCAUGUCCCUAAGGAAAUAGCACACUUCCUUGAGGAGUUUUCUCACUCCAGGUUUGUUGAAUGUAGAUACAAGGAAGCAAAGAUGUUUUAUCAGGUAUACCCUGAAGACACAAGUCAAGAUGCCACAGAUUUUAAGAAAAAAGCUAAGCAUUUGCUUCAUCUGGCUGCAAGGACAUUGGAUAAACAGAAGGUGCCAUUCUGGCUCAGCAGUGGAACGUGUCUUGGAUGGUUCAGACAAUGUAACAUAAUCCCAUACAGUAAAGAUGUGGACUUGGGAAUAAUGAUAAAGGAUUAUAAGCCUGAUAUCAUCACUGAGUUCCAGAGGGCAGGACUAACACUGAAACACAAAUUUGGCAAAGAAGACGACAGUCUUGAACUUUCCUUUCAGUUAGCUGAUUUGAAGCUGGACAUAUUCUUUUUCUAUGAGGAGGAUGAUUACAUGUGGAAUGGAGGAACCCAGGUCAAAACUGGCAAAAAGUUCAAAUACAUAUUUCCUAAAUUUAUUCUCUGCUGGACUGAAUUCCUAGAGCUGAAGGUUCGAGUCCCCUGUAAAACACUUGCAUAUGUGGAAGCAAACUAUGGCAAGAACUGGGAAAUUCCUGUAACCAGCUGGGAUUGGAAAAGUUCCCCAUCUAAUGUUCAAGAAAAUGGAAUUUGGCCUCCCAGCGAAUGGGAUGAAGUUAUCCAGAUCCAUUGAACAGCACUGCAUCUGAUCCCCGGGGUAGCAAUAGAGAAACAAUGACCACCACAACAACCUUAAAAAACUGGUUAAUGUGGUUAAUUAUCUCUGGGCCAAUCACCGACCAUGAGAGAGUUUGUAGCACUGGAGAUAAGGUGGUCAGGUGACAGCUAUCUACUGGCAUCAAUAGUGUUGACAGUUUCCUUUUGAUUUGUCAAGGAAGCCUCUUCAUUCAUGAAAAAGCUGUUUGGAUACUGACUUUCAAUACAUUUCAUGAUUAGGAUAACGUCUAGUGGUAAGUGUUCAGUUUUUGAAUUAUUUUAUAAAAUUUACGCUACUGAACACCAAGGCAAAUUAAAGUGUUAACUUAUUGAAAUGCUUAAAUUAUCUAUUUAUUAAUUAACUGAAUUCUACAUAAGUCACUAGAUUUUGGAAAGAGGGUACUAAUCAAAGGUACAAUCCUAACUUUAAUUAGUGACAGGUUGGAUGUGCCUAAAUGUAAGGAUAUCAUACACUGGGUGUCAGGAUGCUCUUGUGUUUACUAAAUUUGAGGAAAUGAUCUAGCUAAGAAAGCUUGUUUUUACUUUUGGUUGAUGUAUUUAUUUGACGACUUCCUUGUCUUCCUUGCAAACAAAAAAAGGUUUGCUUAGUCUUUGUCAACAUUUUUUUUUGCGUUUGGAGCAGAGAGAUUUCAGUAGUCGUACAAUUAACCUUUGUACUAAUGUUAGGUUAAAUGGCCAGUGACAUUUCUAGUACUUAUACACUGUCAUUAAACUGGAAGCAUUAAUGGUUUCUCUCUUCACGGAUGUUGCUUAACCUAUUGAGAGUUUUCUUUUUUUUUAUUUAUUAAAAUAUAUUGUGUUUGUAAUACUUUGUAAAACUGUCAGAAUUAAAGAAAUGGUUUUCAAGGUGCUAUCCACUAUCAGGAAUGGACUACAGUAUAUAUGAGUGAUAACCACUUAAUAAUGUGUAUGUUCUGCAGUAAAAACUGCAUUCUGACUUGUCAGUUUUUGCAGUGAAAUCUGUGUUUUCUGUAUUGAAGAUGUGUGUUCUAAAUUUUUAUUUUGUGUGGCAAAUGAUUCAGAUUGACUGAAGCAUCUAAAAAAAGACAUUAAAAAUGAACUUAAGGAAGUCCACUUUUGUGCAUUGUUGAAAUGUGAAAAGGACAGGAAAUGUGAUUUAAUCCUAACUUUAAUUAGUGACAGGUUAUAUGUGCCUAAAUGUAAGGAUUUUUUUUUCAAGCAGAAGCAAAAUGUUUUAUGAUGGACAUGAGAGAAAGUGCUCAAAGUAACAUAUAAUGUUAUGUUCUUAAACUCAGGACUUUUACUGCACCAGCACAAAAUUGUAUUUUUAUUUAAUGUAAUACAUCAUGUAUGUGUAAGUGAAUAUGACGUGGAAUUGUCUGACUUAAGUUAACAUGAAGUUAAUUACCUUAUAUUGUGCUGAAUUGUUUGGAAAACAUAUGUGGUGGCUCUGUCUUUUUAUGUUAUUGUUACCUACAAAUUAAGCGUCUCAUAAAUAAUCAAGAUGGCAGUGUUUGCAUUCUUUUGGAUAUUUGUUUUGAGUAGAUUUCAAAUAUAUUUGUAAGAGGAACUAUAACCUAGCUAAAAUAAAUCAUCUAUUUAUUUUUAUCAAAAUAAAUCAAGUAAAUAAUCAUCUAAAAAGAAUGUAUUCUCACAAAAAUUUCCAUGAUCACUUUUAAAGAUCUGAGAAAAGUGCCAGGUGAGUGAAUAGGGAGCUGGCAUCUGGCCUGGAUGGCUUUCUUAUACACCAUAAUUUAAAAUCAACUUUAUCGAUACCUCUGGAAAAACCUCAUUUGCUUUUCUCCAGAACACAAAUAUUCCAGUUAAGUGUCAUUACAACAUUAUUGCUAAGCUAAAGGAAGUGAUAGGGUCAUCCUCUGGUGUCAAACUGUUUAGUAAAGGAAACUUCUCAAUUUAAAUUCUUCAAAGUCCUUUACAAAUUGUGUGCCAUCUCAAUAUUCUGCAAAUCAGAGCUGCGCUGUUGGUUGACUGAACACAAAAUUGCUGUUAUUUCUAGAGAAGUUGAUGGCUGUUAUCUUAACCCAACUGUCAUGAAAUAGCUGCUUUUCCACUUCAUACCAUGUCUUUCUUAAUUAACAGAAGGCGGAGUCUAAGUAAGUGAGUCUUGUAGGGAAUCCCCCAUGAUCUUUACUCCGCUUUGAACUGAGGCUGUGGCCUGCACCAGCUGCAGUGAUGCUUGGCUCCGUGUUUAUUGUAAAAAUUCAAUUGUGAAUGCUAUUUGCUUUGUUUUAUUGUUUGCACAUUUUUUUUUUCUCUUUCUGCACAUUGGGUGUUUGACAGUCUUUUUUAAAAAUGUGUCUUUUGAGGUUUCUUUGUUUUGUAGCUGCCUGUAAGGAGGCAAACCUGAAGGUUGUAUAAUGUAUCCAUACUUUGAUAAUAAAUGUAUC